UAUUACGCUUGUAGGUCAACGGUUCCGCCGGAAGGUUUCUGUCAUCGGACUUGGUUGGAUUUGUUUACUUUGUUUUGUUGUGAAUAGAUUUUUUCGAAGAAAGAUUCCGUUUGACGACUUUAUUACAGCCUUUGUCGUUGUUUUGACACUUAAAAUAUUUAUUCUUAAAUAUAUUUUCUGACAUCAAAGAUAUUAACCGUCUAAGCUCCGAGGGAGAGAACAAAAUAAAAAGGCAUGUCCGCGGAUCGGCAGACGUUUGCUCCGGCCUCUGCCGGCGCGGUGGAAGCCCCCAGAAGCCCGCUGUCAGAGACAGACACCUUUAGGGUGUUUCUGAACCAACGGCUCACGGCAGCUGUCGAAGAUAUCCUGAGUGUGUUCGGGGAAACGGUGGCCCGGUACCGGGAGCAGUUAGACUGUCAGCAGCGGGAGCUGGAGAGCCUGAGGUCCAGAGAGGUGGAGUGGAGCCGAUCUACAGAGCCGCUGCAGGACUCAUCCUGGACCAAAACGUUACCUGAACACCAGAACCCGGACGCCCCUCUGGUUCAGACUAGCAGUGAUCAUGCUGGUACCUCAGCCGAUCAGAUUAAAACAGAGGUUUGCAUAGAGGACUGCGAAGAGUCAAAAACGCAAGAUCACUUUGACUCAGCCGUUGAUCCAGAAACAGCCAGAGAUGAGCAAAUCCGCUCUGAGGAUUCUGACACAGAUGAAAGCGAAGGAAGCUGGAGAGAUGCUGCAAAUUUCUGGAAGUCAGAUGAGACCAAAGAUCAAAGCUCAGGUGCAGAGUUAAAGAUGGGCAGUGGUUUCUCUCAGGAGGACAGACAAGUUCUUCCUGAUUUCAGCUGCAAAGUGUGUGGAGAUUCUUUCAACAAGAUGAGUAUUUUGCUCACGCACGCUUCAUCCCACCUGAGAGACUGCAGCGUAUGUGGAAAGCAGCUCGACUCCACAAGGAGCCUGAAGCUCCACCUGAAAGUUCACAGGGAGACAUCGUUCCACUGCAGUAUCUGCGGCCAGAGCUUCACUCUGCGUGGGAAUCUCAGGAUUCACAUGAGGAUCCAUUCAGGCGAGCGGCCGUUCAGCUGCACCUUUUGUGGCAAGAGCUUCGGGAGGAGGGCGACGCUGGUGCGGCACGUCCGCAGCCACAUGGGCGAGAAGCCGUUCACCUGCAUGUACUGUGGCCACAGCUUUACAGAAAAGGGCAACCUGACUGUCCACUUACGGAUUCACACGGGUGAGAGGCCUUACAGCUGCUCUCUGUGCAGCCGCAGGUUCAGCCAGCUAUCCAGCUUCUACAAACACCCGUGUCAGAGGAAAGGCCUUUUGUGUGUCGCCAUCAGUAACAGCGGCAAUGCAUGAGGCUGCAGAAUGAAGCUCUCUUCAAUAAAAAAUUACAUUUUGCCUUCAUAAUAUUUUAUAAAGACGUGGCAUUUUUUAAAUCGAAUAAUAAAUGAUAAAUAAUUUA